AUGCCGCCCAUUCGCACAUCCCGAAAUCGCAAACCGCCGCCGGCCGGCUUCGACGAUAUUGAAGACACCUUGCUCGAGUUCAGCAAUAAGAUGAAAGAUGCUGAGAAUGCUUCGGGCGAUGGAAAGAAGAAAUAUGAGGUCCUCUGGCCUAUCUUCCAGAUUAGCCAUCAACGUUCACGAUACAUUUACGACCUCUACUAUGAAAAGGAAGCCAUUUCCAAGCAGCUUUACGACUGGCUGCUCAAGAAUAACUAUGCGGACGCCAACUUAAUCGCCAAGUGGAAGAAGCAGGGCUACGAAAAGUUGUGCUGUCUUCGCUGCGUCCAAACGAAAGAGACCAAUUUCAAUUCCACCUGCAUCUGCCGCGUGCCCAAAGCCCAACUGAAGGAAGACCAAACCAUCCAGUGUGUCAGCUGUGGCUGCCGGGGCUGUUCAAGCAGCGACUAA